AUUCCGGCACUUCUCAGCAUCCAGUCUCUGAGACAGCGUUCUAGAGAGUAGAGCUACAAAAUAAGGUACAUUGGAGAGGGAAAACAUUUAAGGAGGAAAUCGAGGGAAAUAAAUUACAAGAAUAGUUUGCUAUCCACUACUAACUCCUAUCGGGUGGUGAGAGGUGUCGAAGUUUGCACUCUGGGGGACCCCCCCCCCCUCCAUGCUGGGCUGAACAGAGGACAGCUCACGUUUUCUAGGUGUGGAGAGCACAGACUGCCUGUAGUCACUUUCGGGGGAGCCAGUGCGCACUAGGAGUGUUCUCCAUCUGUGGAUCUCGCACUUCAUCGCUGCCUGCCUGCAACGCGGGAGGAGAAGAUCCAAUCAAUGUUUGGGUUUAAUAAGGUGGAAUACCAGGGGGGACACAACAGAAAAGAUACAGCACAACCUGGGAAAUAAAGGAAGUAGGAGCACACAGCAGUGAAGGACAUCCUUCAGAGGAGGAAAAAUAACAUUUUACGGAAUUUUUAAUUCAGAGGCUCCUGUUCCAGGGGGACUUGGGCAGCAUAAUUUCCUUUUUGGGAGGAGCAGCUCUCAGCUUCAGUCAGCUAAUCUUGUGGACUAUAGGAUCCUGGAUGGCAUGUCAAGACUGACUCUUCAAUGGUCCCUCAUCUUCUCUAGCCAGAAAGGAACCAUGUCGUCCGCCCAUGUUUGGAUAUGACAUUGGAAUCUUGGAAUAAGUGACCUGUGAAUUCCGUUGGCACUGGGGAUUUUUAAGGACUGCUCAACUACUCUUCAGUCACACUGUAUGGACAUCUACUAUAAGAGGCCUUGCCAGUUGGAGGGUAGAAGUAGCACAGAGACAGUAUUGUCCUGUCCAAAGGCGAUUCUCUUCUCUGCUCUUGUGUGAAAUACAGAACCUCAGAGAUCAAUCAGCUACAAAGCCUGAAAAACAGUAAUAACUGGGGGAAAUACAACAGACCAUGGCUGAGAGGAUGAUUGCUUCUCAAAGUGAGCCGUGACAGAAUGGUCGACUGUAUGAGCAAAGUCAUGCUGCACACAGCCCUCUCAUGCUGGCAACCGUUCCUGGGACUGGCUCUAGUGGCCGUCUUUGUGGGUUCUGCCCUGGGAUGUCCCGCCCGCUGUGACUGCUCAGCCCAGAGCAAGUCGGUCCUGUGCCACCGCAAACGCCUACCGAGCAUCCCAGACGGCAUCCCCAUCGAGACCAGGAUCCUGGACCUGAGCAAGAACAAGCUGCAGGCCGUCAACCCGGACGACUUUGCCCCCUACCCUGGACUAGAGGAUCUGGACCUCAGUGGGAACAUUAUCAGCUAUGUGGAGCCGGGGGCCUUCAACCCUCUGUACAGCAUGCACUCUCUCAGUCUCAAAAGCAACCGCAUCAAGCUUAUUCCCCUGGGGGUCUUCACAGGCUUGUCCAACCUCACACGGCUGGAUGUCAGCGACAACAAGAUCGUCAUCCUGCUGGACUACAUGUUCCAGGACUUGCACAACCUGAAGUUCCUGGAGGUGGGUGACAAUGACCUGGUGUACAUCUCCCACCGGGCCUUCAGUGGACUGCUGAGCCUACAGACACUAACCCUGGAGAGAUGCAACCUGACGGUGGUGCCCACUGAGGCCCUGUCCCAUCUGCACAACUUGGUCAGACUUCACCUCCGAUACCUCAGCAUCAGCACAUUGCAAGCAUACUCCUUCAAGAAGCUUUUCCGGCUGCGCCACCUGGAGAUUGACAGCUGGACCUCGCUGGACAGUGUGCCUGCCAACACACUACACAGCCUCAACCUGACCACGCUUUUCAUCACCAACACUAACCUGUCCACCUUCCCAUACCAGGCCCUAAAGCACCUGCACUACCUAACACACCUCAACCUGUCCUUCAACCGCAUCAGACACAUCGAGGGGGGAAUGCUGUUUGAGUUGGUGCGCCUGAGGGAACUUCAUCUAGUUGGGGCCCAGUUGUCGACCAUUGAACAGUAUGCAUUUCAUGGCCUCCGGUGGCUCAAAGUCCUCAACGUCUCCCACAACCAUUUGAACACCCUGGAGAAGGGUGUCUUCCAAGCCCCUGAGGCUCUGGAGGUCCUCUUGAUCGACGACAACCCCCUGGUGUGCGACUGUCGCCUCAUGUGGAUCCUGCAGAAAAGGCACUCCAUCUUCUUUGGCGACUCGCAGCCAGAGUGCAGCACCCCUGAGGGUAUCCGUGGCAGGCCUUUCAGGGAAUUCAAGGAGACCCUGCUAUCCUAUUACGUGACAUGCACCAAGCCAAAAAUCCGGGAGAACAAGACACAGGCGAUAGCAGUGGACGAGGGCCAGUCAGCGAAACUACACUGCAGUGCUGAAGGCAUCCCCAGGCCGGUGGUGUCGUGGCUGUCCCCACGCCGGCGCCUCCUCACCAACAAGAGCUACGGUAGAGUCAAAGUCCACAACAAUGGGACGCUGGAGAUCAAGGUGGCCGAGGUGCAGGACGGUGGCGUGUACCUUUGCAUGGCAACCAACACGGCGGGUAACGACUCAUUGAUGGCCUCCCUAGCAGUGAAAAGCCUGGGGUCGCUCUACGCAAACAGGACCCAGUACUACACAGAUCCCAGCAAUGCCACUACCAAUGGGACUAGCAACGUAACCUACGGCUUGGACCUAAAGACUAUCUUAGUGUCGACAGCAAUGGGAUGUUUCACAUUCCUGGGGGUGGUCUUGUUCUGCUUUCUGCUACUGUUCGUUUGGAGCCGGGGCAAGGGAAAGCAUAAAAACAACAUAGAUAUUGAAUAUGUCCCUCGGUCCAAGUCUAAUGGCACCUCUGUAGAUGGAGGGGCAGAGGGACAAGCUGGACCUCAUCGCUUUAACAUGAAAAUGAUCUAACAUGGUUUGUGAAUCUGGGAAUCCAUAUGUUGGGAAUGCUCUAAGGAUUAUGUAUUUGUAUUGCAAAUGGAACAACAUUUCCCACUACUUCAGGAGAAUGCUACUGGGCAAUUCCAUGGUAACAGAGUGAUGCUGAGGCUCAGAUUUUUCUCUUUGAAAUGUAUGCCAAACAAAAACCAAUGAUUGCAAAGUUAAACAAACCCUACAACUCUAUGCACAAGAACUAGUUUUAUUAAUUUCCACAGUCAUUUUUACAAACACACUUGAAGAACAUUGCAGAUGCAACGUUUGGUAACAGAAUGACGGCACCAACAGCACAAAUCAUUCUGUGGCCAAACUUUGCAUCUGCACUGUUCUUCAAUGAAAUGUCUUUUUCUAAAAAUAAAAUAAAUAUUUUUUUAAAUUGUUUAAAGCAGUUCUUGUGCAUAGAGUUAUAUGGUUUGUUUAACUUUGCAAUCAUUGGUUUUUGUUUGACAUACAUUUUCUAGGUAACAUUGAAGUACCUUACUGUGAUUGUUUUCAAGUAAAGAAAUUUCUCAAGCAACAAUUUUGCUAGGACUGUCUGGGAGUGGUCUAAGUGGAGAGGGGAAAACUGAAAAUGAGUUUUAUUGGCAGAGAGGUUUGUAACUCUUUCUUAUUGGUCUAUUAACUAAUUUAACACCAGGUGUUGUCACCAGAAUGGCCAAAACUCCAUCCCACCAAAACAGCUUAAAUUUCUCUUACACUAAAAAGGCAUUACCAUACUUUUCACAAUUUCACAGUAUUAUUUCAACCUCAUAGUGUGUAAAUAUAUACUUUUUUGACUGCACUGGGCCCUUUAAAGUGAAGAAAUCAGAGUAUCAGGAUCACCCUUUGGUUUACUAGGAAUGGAAAAAGUACUACAGAGUGCCAUAACAGGACACGGGAGUGCAAUCCCCAACUAUGGCAUCGUAUUGGAUACAAUGCCAGGACAUUGUGACAAAUGUUCUUGCUGUUGCUAGUGAGCUUGUCCACAACGGAUCCUCCGAAAUGAUCUGAAUCUCUACCCAGGGGACCCAAAAGGAACAGGUGUCAUAAUCAAGCUUUUGAAAUUCUAUUUACAUGCCCAAGUACAGGAUUGGUUUUAAAGACACUACAGAACCGUGUACAGUACAAAUUUGUAUCUAAAGGUAUUACUCUUAUUGGUUUGGUCUUGCACCAUGCUUACGCACCAAACAGAUUGAUGAAACAGAGCAUUCCCUCCAACCAUAAUCUUUGCAUAUAUGUACUUAAUGCUUCAUUAUGUACAGGUAUGUACAUACUCAUUUAAACAAACUUUUCAUAGCAAUACUCAUGGGUUGCAAUAUCAGCCAAAAUCUCAAUUCCCCCACCUAACAAGAAAAAUGGUCACUUUUCACUUAUGAAAUUGUCCAUGGAUAUAGGAAAGGGCUUCUACAGGAUUGCAAUGUCACACUGGAGAAAAUAUAUCCCUGUUCCCCAAAUAUACACCUAGAUAUUGAAGAUAUUUUUUGUUUAUUGUCAACCAUAAAGGAAAAAGAUUUUAUUUAUCAAAGUGGUUUGAGGGUUUUACAAAAGUGAGUAUCAUAACACUAUUCCGGGAGAAAUAAUCACAUUUGAUGAUUUAGAAGGUGACAUAUUGGUCAGAGAACCUACAUGGACCACUUUUCUGUCCUUUUCUUGUCUCUUUUUAUUCCUUUGACUGUAACCUUUGCCUGAUGGCAAAAUAUGUGUCCAGCUUACUACAGUGAAGUUGUCAUCUUUUCUCCCCAGUAAAACAUUUGGACUUUGUUGUGGUAGUUCCUCAUUUUUGUUGUUGAAUCAUUUAGAUUGUGAAAAGUUCAAAGUAAAAUAAAAAAAAUGUAUGUGAAAUAAAAUAAUAUUUAUUUGUACCA